AGGCGCCCUCUACGUGGCGCGGCCUCCGCCUCGCGUUCCGGCGCUCCACCGCCGCAUGCGGCGCGCACAGCACAAACAAAGCAUCUCCACCCCCACUCCCCACCGCGGCGAUGGCGAUGCUGCCCUCCUAGACCGCUCCCAAAUUCUCCAACCAGAGCCAGGCUAGCUAGGACGCCAUAGCCGCCGGCGCCGCUGACCGGAUAGAUAGGUGCCCUGGCCUCCAUUCGCCGCCGCCGACCGCCGAUAAAUCCCUCCUCCUCUUCCACUCCCACCUACCUCUGCGUGGUGGUGGCGUGCUCUUUUCCGAGGACCGACCGUGGCCGUGGGGAGCAAUGCUGUGACACGAGAUGGUACUGCCUCGCCGCUCCCAGAGGUGCAGGUGUAAAUGCAAUCGAAAUAUCCGGCAUGAGCCCUCUCUCUGAGCUGGUGUGGUCUCCGGAUGAUGGUCUCAGCAUUAAAAUCGCAGCGUCCAGCCUAAGCACAAGAAAAGCCUCUCUUCGCUGGAAUGCGGAUACUUUGAACAUAGUGAUAUCUUCGCCUCAGCAGAGCGGCGGCGGCGGCGGCGGCAAGAGUGGUGAUAACGUAGAUGCCACCCUAAGGGAUGCAGGAGAAAUGCCGUCGCAACCUCGAACUCCAAGUGACAGUUCAGUGAGAGUAUCCGCGGCUAGUCCAAAUAGAACACGAAACCUUGAUGCGCAACAAUCUACUUCUAUAAGAUCACAGGAACAAGAUUCAAAAUGCUCUGGAGGGAUCAGUGAGAUGAGUGAGGGGGAAGAAUUGUCUGACAGCUGCUGUGCAGAUAAGUUGAAUAAAGAGGAAGCGGAUAUUUGCCCCACAAGAUGCUCCAACGAUGCUUCACACAGUCCGGCUUCAAAAAAAGGCAGCCUGCAAAGUAUUUCGGAAAAACAGGUCUACUGUGCAACCGCUGUCCAUAAUGAGAGAUCUUGGGCAGAUAAUACCUGGCGAGCUCGAUUAGUAAAAGCAAUUAGUCAGAGGGACUAUGUUUUGCCAAACAAUGCAGUGAAUGCACAGCCACCUUCAUCCUUUGGGAGUUUCAGUAAUACAAAAAAGGUCCCAGGCAAGUUGGCAGGUUUUCUAGAUAACCAAAGUGAUAAGCACCAAGAUCUGGUUAUGCAGGACAACUGUAAUGGUAAUCAGGAAGAUCAGGUUAUGCAGGAAAACUGUAAUGGUGAUCACCAAGACCAGGUUAUGCAGGAGCACCAUAAGGAUGGGCCUAUUCUUGUCAAAUGUCAGUCAGCAUCUGGUGUUAAUCCUGUUUCAAAAUGUGAUUCGGCAUCCGGUGUUAAUUCUGUUGCAAGAUAUGAGUCAACACCAGAUGUUAAUCCUGCAAAGCUUGAGAAGGGCAAAGAAAAGGCAAUGCACGACCAGAGCAAUUAUGUUAGCAACACAAAAGAGGGUGAUGAUAGCAAUGAGAGUAUGGAGAGUUGUCCUAGGAUGAAAGCUCCAAAGCGAGAGUAUGCUCAAUACUCAACAGCGGAGAUGUCUUCUCGGAAUAAAAGAUAUAGAAGGGAAUACAAUGAAAGUUAUUGCUCAGGAUUGUUGAACAGAAAUGGCAGCUCUUUCUUUAACUGGAUGUCUUCUCUGACUAAUGGAUCAACCGUGUUUGAUAAAACUACCAAUCAGAAGUUGUCAGAGACUACUGGACAUGAACUUGCAGGACAUUCUCUGCCACUAGAAAAUAACAGUAGCAAUCGUCUGCAGUCUGUUGGCUUCAAUUCUCUUUUUCAAUCUCUUUAUAGUCAUAACGUUAUGAUAACUUCAAGAGAUACCCCUCAUCAAUCAGAAAUCAAUCCCACCGAGCGUGAAGCCGACAGGCUAUCACUGGAUUUGAAUGGUAGCAAUUCUAUGCUUGACAAGGAAAUUAGCACAGGCAGAGAAACUCUUGAUGUGGCUGUUGGGACUUUAGCUGCUGACAGCCUUCAAAUGGAGUCACCUGGUGGUAAAUGGAAUUUUAGAGAUCAAAGUGGAGUUUUCCCUUUGAGAGCCGGAAGAAACUUGAAGAUGCCUAACUCCAGUAAGUCAUGUUCUAAAACUCUUGAAGAAAAACAAAAUGAGUGCCAUGCGAGCCCUUUGAAUGCUGCAAUGGGAAAUAAAGGUGGAAUCACAGAAAGCUUGUGGGUAAGUCGGCUUUUACCAAAAAAAUCAAUGAAAUUGAUGGAUGCAACUCCGUGCAAUGUAAAUAGUGAUUUUUGUGCUGUCAAUCCAAAGGGUGCAGGUGAUAAGCUGUAUCCUUCAUCUCAACAGAAUGUUAAUGUGGAGAAGGAAUUCAACAGUUCACAAUACUUCACUAGCACAGGAAGUGACAAUGAGACAACAAGUAGCAAAUGCCCGGUGAUUCCUCCAGAGGAACAUAAGCAGUCUGAAACAAUGGCUUCCAUUCUUGCAAAGAGAUUGGAUGCGCUUAGACAUGCGAAGACCUCUGCAAUUAGGUUGGCUAUCUCCAGUGGAAUAUCUAAAGACCAUAAUCACAGAAAGAGUCCCUUUUUUAUUAAUUACAGCAGCCAUGAUGGACUAGAGACAGGACAAGGAACUCAAAAAUCUUCGAGUGGUGGUGGAAGGCUAGUUUUGUGGUCUGGUGACAAAGGAAAGGAACAAUUAUAUCCUCUCAGUGAUGAGGAAUUAAGAGGAAACAUGUUGGCAAGAGGUGAACAUCAGCAAUGUGGAGGGAGCAUGACUGGAAAGGCUGUAGCUCCUCAUGAUAAUUUAGAAGCAAACACAUCUGCUGAAUAUGUUGAUAGAAGAGGAGUACAAAUAAAGGAAGUGGGUUCAAAUUCCAUGGAGAGUCUGCCACAUAACAAGCAAAUUGUACCCUAUAAUAUUAUUACAAGUGACAUUGAUCAAUCAAGUGUUGUUUUUGGAGCCUUGCAGAGGCUUCGUUUGUCUCGAUCAGACAUCAUAAGAUGGUUGGCGUCACCAAUAAUGCACACUACCUUGGAUGGCUUUUUCUUGCGUCUACGUUUCGGUAAAUGGGAGGAAGCAUUGGGUGGCACAGGAUACCAUGUCGCUCGGAUAAAUGGAGCACUGGAUAGAAAUCGCCUCUCUGUAACGAUCAGGAAUUCAACUUGCCAAGUAGAUUCUCGCUUUGUAUCCAACCAUGGGUUCCAUGAGGAUGAGCUCAAGGCGUGGUGGUCUGCUGCCAUGAAGGGUGGCUGGAAACUACCGUCGAAAGAAGAACUUAGCAAGAAGCUAAGAGAAAGAGAGCUACUUCAUUUCGGAAAUGGAACAGGUCAGCCCGACAACACCUGAUGGCAGUACCCAAAACAUGAAAGAUUUCGGUCUUUACCGCCUUUCAUCCGGAAACGCCGGCGAUGCAAGCAUGACUGUUGGUGUUGGCUUGUCUGGUUAAGUUUUGUGCUGACACUGCUAUUCUCACGAGGCUUGGUGUAGUGAUGAUAGAUCCACCAUCCUUGGUAUAUUGAGAGAUUGAGGUUGUACUAAUACACGAUUCUAUUUUACGAUGGGAUUGGCUAUUGUGUGAGAAUCCUAUCUGUAAAUAGGAGGCUGCUGCCAGAAUAGUACACAAUGUACAACUGUUGACUAUACUUAGAAUAAGAUGGAUGUUCGUUGCUUG